AUGUGGACUUCUGGUAGAAUGAGCAAUGCAAAGAGCUGGUUUGGACUUGGCAUGUCCUUGUACUUCUGGGGAUUGAUGGACCUUACAACCACUGUUCUCUCGGGCACACCAACACCGCCAGGCAAAUUAGAAGCGUUCCUGUCAGACAAGCCACAGUCACACUCUCGGACAAAGAGGAGCUGGGUUUGGAACCAAUUUUUUGUUCUGGAAGAAUACACUGGAACUGACCCUUUGUAUGUCGGCAAGCUUCACUCAGACAUGGACCGGGGGGAUGGAUCCAUCAAAUACAUCCUCUCUGGAGAAGGUGCAGGCGUUGUGUUUACCAUCGACGACACCACUGGAGACAUCCACGCCACUCAGAGGCUUGACCGAGAGGAAAGGGCCCAGUACACUUUAAGGGCUCAAGCUCUGGACAGGCGGACGGGCAGGCCAAUGGAGCCAGAGUCAGAGUUCAUCAUUAAAAUCCAAGACAUCAAUGACAAUGAGCCCAAGUUCCUGGAUGGACCUUACGUCGCCACUGUGCCAGAAAUGUCACCAGUGGGGACUUCUGUCAUCCAGGUGACAGCCACAGAUGCUGAUGACCCAACCUAUGGCAACAGUGCCCGAGUCAUGUACAGCAUCCUCCAGGGCCAGCCAUAUUUUUCUGUGGACUCCAAAACAGGUGUAAUUAGGACAGCACUCAUGAACAUGGACCGAGAAGCCAAAGAAUACUAUGAAGUGAUUAUCCAAGCCAAGGACAUGGGAGGGCAGCUUGGCGGAUUAGCUGGGACCACAACGGUCAACAUCACCCUCUCAGAUGUCAAUGAUAACCCACCCCGCUUUCCCCAGAAACAUUAUCAGAUGAGUGUGUUGGAAUCAGCUCCGGUUAGCUCUACUGUGGGAAGGGUGUUUGCCAAGGACUUGGAUGAAGGAAUUAAUGCAGAGAUGAAGUACACUAUUGUGGAUGGAGAUGGUGCAGAUGCAUUCGACAUUAACACAGAUCCCAAUUUCCAAGUCGGCAUCAUAACUGUGAAGAAGCCCCUGAGUUUUGAAACCAAGAAAAGCUACACCUUAAAAGUGGAGGGAGCCAAUCCUCACCUAGAGAUGCGUUUUCUGAACCUAGGUCCAUUUCAGGACACAACCACAGUGCACAUCAGUGUGGAAGAUGUGGAUGAGCCCCCUGUGUUUGAACCUGGCUUUUAUUUUGUGGAGGUACCUGAAGAUGUGGCAAUUGGAACAACCAUACAGAUCAUUUCUGCCAAGGAUCCAGAUGUGACCAACAACUCAAUCAGAUAUUCCAUUGACAGAAGCAGUGACCCUGGAAGGUUCUUCUAUGUUGACAUUACAACAGGUGCCCUAAUGACUGCGAGACCCCUUGACCGGGAAGAGUUUUCUUGGCAUAAUAUCACUGUCCUUGCUAUGGAAAUGAACAAUCCUUCCCAGGUUGGAAGCGUUCCUGUCACAAUCAAAGUCUUAGAUGUGAAUGACAAUGCUCCAAAGUUCCCCAGAUUCUAUGAAGCUUUUGUCUGUGAGAAUGCCAAAGCAGGGCAGCUGAUCCAGACAGUGAGCGCAGUGGACCAAGAUGACCCACGCGACGGCCAGCACUUCUACUACAGCUUGGCUCCCGAGGCUGCUAACAACCCCAACUUCACCGUAAGGGACAACCAAGAUAACACUGCCCGGAUUCUAACUAGGAGGUCUGGCUUCCGGCAGCAGGAGCAGAGUGUCUUUUACCUGCCCAUCCUGAUAUCGGACAAUGGGCAGCCGGCGCUGAGCAGCACGGGCACGCUGACUGUCCAGGUGUGCAGCUGUGACGACGACGGCCACGUCCUGUCCUGCAGCCCCGAGGCCUACAUGCUCCCAGUCAGGCUGAGCCGCGGCGCCCUCAUCGCCAUCCUGGCCUGCAUCUUUGUCCUCUUAGUGCUGGUGCUGCUCAUCCUGUCCAUGCGGAGGCACCGGAAGCAGCCGUACAUCAUCGACGACGAGGAGAACAUCCACGAGAACAUCGUCCGCUACGACGACGAGGGCGGCGGCGAGGAGGACACCGAGGCCUUCGACAUCGCAGCCAUGUGGAACCCCCGGGAGGCGCAGGUGGGCGGCGCCUCCAAGACGCGGCAGGACAUGCUGCCCGAGAUCGAGAGCCUCUCCCGCUACGUGCCUCAGACGUGCGCCGUCAACAGCACCGUCCACAGCUACGUCCUGGCCAAACUCUACGAGGCCGACAUGGACCUGUGGGCCGCGCCCUUCGACUCCCUGCAGACGUACAUGUUCGAGGGGGACGGCUCGGUCGCCGGGUCUCUGAGCUCCCUGCAGUCGGCCGCUUCAGACUCGGAGCAGAGCUUCGACUUCCUGACGGACUGGGGGCCCCGCUUCCGGAAGCUGGCGGAGCUCUACGGGGCGUCGGAGGGGCCCACGCCCCUGUGGUGACGGAAGCCGGGAGGCCGGCGCGCGGCCAAACCCGGCCGUUCUGGGGCGGAGGCUUCGCGGAAGAGGCGCCGCCAACCGCAAGAGCAAGACUGUGCUGGAGAGUGAGGUUGCGGGGGGAGCGGGCGAGCAGAGCUCUCUCUGGAUCAGCUUUACUUGGUUAGAUUAAGUUAAAUAAUCAAAAGGAAACACAGGAAGAGG